GUCAGUAGUCAGCAAACUUGUCUUUGUUUCGAGUGUCGUGCAUUUUUGUAGCGAUAACGAUGUGACGACAACGAAGACCGAAUUUGUGUCAACGCGGCGAGCGAACGCCCGCGCCGCACACUUGUGGGCGGCGCGGAAUAUCCCAGGUAAUCGUUUGCCGACCUCGCCAUCGUUCUUUUUUUUUCUUUUUUCUUCUUUUUUUUUUUAACGACAAUGCUGGUGAAUGGAUGGUCUCGCGCGCGCGGUGCCGGUAUUUACCCAGCCGCAUCCGAUCGUUCGAUCACACGGGCACUAGGCAGGCGGAUGGAAUGCCCCUCUGCUCUUCCUCGUCGUUGCUCGUCGUAUCCGCCGGUGGCACAGUGCGCACAGGCACAGCAAUUGCUUUUCAUUUCGUUACGUGUCCGCCUCGCAGUCGCCCAGUUGCGCCCAGUCGCCAGUCGCACGGUAAGCCGGCACUUUCCGGCAUUCGAUCUCACUCUCCGCUGGCAGAACGAAAGGACGGAUGUCCAUCGAGAGUGAAUCGCGGGCGCAGCUCGCAUGAAGCUGAAGCCGCGCAGGACUCGCAGGAGGUGUUUCGAUCUUUAACCCGGCCGGCGCGGCGCGGCGCGAGGAUGCACGUCCCAGAGGCGCUAACAAGUGUGACGAUCGCCACUAGGAGAUUUCAAUGACGGAUCGGCGUUUGCACAAGAGCGUGAGUGAACGCCAAAGUACAAAGAGCAAGAGAUUCAGAGUUUUUACGAGGCGAGUCGCUCGUAAAGAAGAGUAUUUGAUUCUUGGUACAUCAGUGGCGCGAUUAGAAGCAGCCGAGAUGCCGUUUCGGAGGUAGAGCAAUCUUGGAAAUUCCUGCGAAGCAACCUCUCGCAACUUGGUCUUGUCCCGUCGCGGCGUCGUUCUCGCGCGUCGUUUGCACCGCAAACGUACAAGAUGAGUCGUCAUCUCGUAUUGCGUUUCACCGGCAUAAUUUUCGUCUGCUGCUUCGUUUCGAGCAUAGGUUCAGAAUCUCAGAGCUGUCGGAAUCAAGAUACGGGAUGGGAAAAGAUUGCCGGGGCAAAGCCAGCAAACGCUGUAGAGACAGUAUUUUAUAGAAACGGUGCAACAUCCACAGGUAACAACGGUAUCAUCGCGCCUUGCUUCGACAGGUGUAAAAGUCUGAAUUGCACAGCUUUCGUAGUUGACUUUGCGAAGAAUAUCUGCUACAGCGUGCAGGUAAAGAGCGAAGAACUUAUUCCCGAAACGAAUGCCACGUUUUUCCAUCAAAUGUGUAUUAAAGUUCCACCGAGCUGCAAACAACAAAGACUGUGGCAAGUAGAAAGAACCUUGGGAGCUAUUUUAAAAGAGGGUCAGUCCGGCUGGUUUCACGAAGCAUUAAAGAGAAGCGAAUGUUACGAGAGGUGUCUGCAAGCAGGGGAAGAAUGUGCAUCCGCGCAAUAUCGUACGGGCGAGCCUUUAUCAAUCAACGAUACCAUUGGCACGUGUUCAUUGUCGAAGCUCGAAAGAGGUACCAGACCGCAAGCCUACAGAUCAUCGAUGUAUCGAGACGAGUAUCUACAGGACCAGUGCCAUAAUAUAACGAGGAAGAGCUAUUGUUCCUACGCAGAAUUUCGGAACGUGUCAUUGCCAUAUUCAGACGUGGCAUUACCAGGACUGGACGUAAAGCAGUGCGAGGAGAGGUGUGAUCGCAGUACCGAUGGUUUCAUAUGCAGAGCCUACACUGUCGAUUAUUCAGAGGAGAAACCGCUCUGUCUGCUGCAUUCCGACAGUACAAUCGGUCUUGGAGUCAGCUCACUGGUUACCAGACCAAAUGUAGUCUACAAGGAACAGGAGCCUUGUUUAGAUCUGAAAGUGGAGUGCAGCGAAUCAAUCAUGACGGUCAUACUGACCACUGCGGAGCCCUUCAUAGGGCGGAUCUACGCGAGUGGAUACGGAGACACUGCCUGCAGCGUUAACGGCGUUGGUAACAACGUGACGAUAUUAAGAUUACCACUGCCAAAGAAAGAGCAAAUCGACGAGUCUGACAUCGCGUGCGGCCUAAAACCUGCGUUUUCCAUCGAUCAUGAAAAUCGGACGCACACGUUGGUUUGGGCCACCAUUGUGAUACAGUACAAUCCAAUCAUUCAACGAUUGGGAGAUCAGUCGGUGAGAGUCGGAUGCUCCUUGGAUGAAGGCGGUCUUCCGGAACCGAGAAACGUGACCGUUCAUUCGAAUUUUUCUUUCGUGGACCCAAACGCAGGCGUACCGCCGGUUGGGUCAAUUGUAGUGAACGUAUCGUCCGAGGUGCCGGUAGUGACGAUGAGGAUUCUCAACGAAGACAAUACAAACGCUGUCGUUACUCAAUUGGGACAGAAGCUAACUCUCAGAAUUGAAAUUCAUCCUGUGAACGGAACUUACGAUAUCGCAGCUGGACACCUCGUAGCUAGUAGCGCUUCCGGAGAAUCCUCGUAUCUUCUUCUUGACGAAAUUGGAUGCCCGACGGAUCCGGCAACUUUUCCCGCGCUAUUAAAGGAUCCAAUCGAUAACCGUUCUUUGAUCUCAACAUUUACUGCCUUUAAAUUUCCUGACAGUCAAAUAGUCCGCUUCAACGUCAUGGUUAGAUUCUGCAUCGAGGAAUGUGAGCCGGCCAGAUGCAGAGGAGGACAGAUCUCGUACGGCAGGAGGCGACGAUCGAUCGAGGAGCCGCCGGUCACUGCUGAGGUAACAGAAAUUUAUAGAAACCUCACGCCCGCGGAAUUACCGUUACAACUAUCUAUCGUCGUUCAAAGUCCAGUGGUAACGGCGGGCCAUUUAUCCAGGGAAAAUCCUGAUACGCUUUUGAUCACCGGCGGAAAAUCUGCAGACAGCCUCUUUUGCGUGGAUGCGAAUCUAGCUCUGGGUCUUCUGAUCUUUUGGUUAAUAAUCCAGAUUGCACUCACCGCCGGUUGUAUCAUAGCAGUUCGUCGCUACAGAAAAAUGGCCGUAGAGGCCGAAGAAGACAGAGCUGAAAUAUUGGCGAGACAUCUUUAUGGGAUUCACGGAGGAAACUUUGAAAUUGCACGAAGGGUCAGGUGGGCCGACCGAAACGAUUCCUCGAUCGGAUAAUAGGUUCUUUAAUUUCUUUUUCCCUCGCAAUUUAUUAGACGCAAAGACCAUUUAGGUAGAUCAUAUAUGUAGAUUGGUGUAAAAGAUCUUAAAUAAGGCUCUUAUCUUAAAAAAAAAAAAAGAGAGAGAGAUUACAUGUUUAUAAUAUAAUUUUUAAAUCAUGAAAUUGUUAAGUAGUGACUUUUGUUUUUAACAUAUUUUUAUAGUUAUAAUAAUAGGGAAUUUGAUCAAUUUAUUUUUUAAAAAAUUUAAACCGGUAAUUUUAUUUGAAACAAAAAUUAAGCUUUCAAAAAUGAUCCUUUUACAUCAAUUUAAUAUAGAUAUGUCUAUACUAGUAAAUGGAUUUUAUAGUAUAUUUAUAAAUAAAUACUAUAAAUAUAUAUAUUACUAUAGAUACUAAAAAAUUUAUUUGUACAAUUCGUUUGAUAUUAGUAAUAUUAAUUAUAAAACCAUUUAAGUUAAAAAGACCAAAGUAAAAAUCAAGUCAACAAUUAUUCUUGCAAAUGAAUAAAAGCAAAUGAAGAUACUUGUUAUGUUGAGUAUAUUACAUAUGUAUAAUAUAUUUUACGAAGUGUGUAAAUAUGUUUAUUUUUCUCACGUUUGUCAGUCUUUCAUUUAUUAUCAUAAAUUAAAUCAUAUAAUAAAAAUAAUAAGUUAUCCAGUUCUGCUUGUUGAACAACGCCCAUAAUAGUUUAAUGUCACUUCUGUAAGUAUAAAAAAUUGCGUACUAAGCAUUUAAAAGCGUUUACAAUUGCACUGCCUUAUACUGUAAUUAUACAUGUAUUAAAAUUUUUUAAUCGUUUUACAUAUUUUCUAUGACAAAGAUUGUUAUUAUUGGAAAAAUUGUUUUCCUUCCAUCUUGUAUAAAAAAAAAAAAAAAAAAAGAAAAAGAAAAAUUUUAUUCUUAUCCAAUUUUAACUGCUUUCCUCAACUUGCACAUUAAUUUGCUAUGUACAAUUAAUUUCACUUUAAACAAUAAUAGUAAUAAAAAUAAGUUAUGAGAAUUGAUAAAAAUAAUAUGUGUCUCACCGAAAAAUAUUAAAAAUUGACCAGCUCAAUUGUUUUAGCGUUAAAACGAGAAAAGGUUUUUUUCGAAACCAUUGCCACUCUGAUAGAAAAUUUGUUUUACAUUCUUACUAUGUAUAUCAAAUAAAUACAUCUGUUAUAAAUAUAA